ACAUAAAUACAGAGACUCAAACACAUAGAUAGAGGAAAAAAGAGAUCAAGGUUUAAUUUAUCUUUGUCGACACAAUAAUUUGAUUGGAGCUAUAACAGAUAUUUUCAUGUGAUCACUCUCCCAGCUAGUUUCUUCAAUGAAUUUCAGACUACAUGGCAUUGUUUAUUCCGUUGGUAGAGAGUCUUGUAUGUACUUGUGAAUCGGGUUGGUUUUCUGAGCAUGCAAUAAUGUGGCCAUGAUAUCUCUCUACAGAAACAUAAUACAAGUAAUGGAGCAAGAGAUCAAGAGGAAGAGAGGAAGAGAGGAAGAAGAAGAAGAAGAGGUGAAAGAGGAGUCCUCAAAUAAAUCUACCAAGAUGCCAGCUGAUCAUCCUAGCCACCCACGUAGUGUAAGGAACGACAUCAAAAUCGAAAGGAGAUCAUGCAACCAUGAAGAGGACAGCAACACCAGCAAUGAAAUAACCGGAGACAACAAUUUCGCAUUGGGGGUAUUUGAUUUCCCCUGGCUAAAAGAAGGCGGCAGCAGCAUGAUCUCAAAGGCAGACGAGGAGGAGUGGUGUUUAGAGGACACAAUAUUCUCCUCAUCUCUCGAUUACAGUACAACAUCUGCCGCUGAAUUUUCUGGACAACACUUGUGGGAAACUACUCCAGAAGCCACCUGCAUUGGAUCAUGCAUAGACGUUCCGGUGGACAAGUUUGAGGAGAUUAAUGCUUGGUCAUUGGAAAUGGAGGCUACUGUUGAUUGAACCCCGACCUCUCUGC